ACCCUAGUUUAGCGUCCAAACAGAGCCUUAAAUAUCUCAUAAACCCCUCUUUUUCUUUUUCCUCAUCUCCCAAUCAUUCACACCCACCUAUACAUACACACAUAUACACACAGGCAGAGAAUCAUCAUCGUCGGCGAUGGAUGCUUCGAAUUUGAAUCCGAUGCAGCAAGCGCAAGUGGCGGCGAUUCUCGGCCCCGAUGGCGCUCAAUUCGAAACCCUAAUUUCUCACUUGAUGUCUUCUACAAACGAGCAGAGAUCUGAAGCGGAGCUUUUAUUCAAUCUCUGUAAGCAAUCCGAUCCUAAUAAUCUUAUUCGUAAACUUGCUUUUAUGCUUCAGUACUCUCCUCAUGUUGAGGCCAGAGCAAUGUCUGCUAUUUUGCUGAGAAAACAGUUGACUCGAGAGAAUGAUACCUUUUUAUGGCCUAGUUUGUUGUUGUCGACGCAAUCGGAGGUUAAGUCGAUUUUGAUUAAUUGUGUUCAGAAGGAGGAGGUUAAGAGUAUUGUUAAGAAGUUGUGUGAUACUGUUUCGGAACUUGCUUCGAGUAUUUUGAGUGAGAAUGGAUGGCCUGAGUUGUUGCCGUUUAUGUUCCAGUGUGUUUCGAGUGAGAAUGUGAGGUUGCAGGAGUCUGCGUUUUUGAUUUUCGCGCAGCUGGCGCAGUAUAUUGGGGAGAUGCUUGUGCCGUAUGUCAAGAGUUUACAUGAUGUGUUUUUACAGUGUUUGACGUCGUCGGGGAGUUUUGAUGUUAGGAUUGCGGCCUUGAGUGCGGUUAUUAAUUUUAUUCAGUGUUUGUCGACGUCUGAUAGGGAUAGGUUUCAGGAUUUGUUGCCGGUGAUGAUGAGGACGUUGACUGAGGCGUUGAAUGGUGGACAGGAAGCUACGGCUCAAGAAGCGUUGGAGUUGUUGAUUGAAUUGGCCGGGACUGAGCCUAGGUUUUUGAGGAGGCAGUUGGUGGAAGUGGUGGGUUCUAUGUUGCAGAUUGCCGAGGCAGAGACUCUUGAAGAGGGGACGAGACAUUUGGCUAUUGAGUUUGUCAUUACUCUUGCGGAGGCUAGAGAGAGGGCUCCUGGAAUGAUGAGGAAAUUGCCCCAGUUCAUCAGCAGGUUAUUCUCAAUUUUGAUGAAUAUGCUGUUAGAUAUUGAGGAUGUUCCAGAAUGGCAUACUGCUGAUACAGAGGAUGAAGAUGCCGGAGAGUCUAGUAAUUACAGUGUUGGACAGGAGUGUUUGGAUCGUUUGGCUAUUGCUUUAGGUGGAAAUACUAUUGUACCAGUUGCAUCAGAUCAGUUGCCAGCUUAUUUGGCUGCCCCGGAUUGGCAGAAACAUCAUGCUGCAUUGAUUGCUCUUGCACAGAUUGCAGAAGGAUGCUCAAAGGUUAUGAUAAAAAAUUUGGAGCAAGUAGUCACCAUGGUUUUGAAUUCUUUUCAAGAUCCUCAUCCCCGAGUUAGGUGGGCUGCUAUUAAUGCGAUUGGACAGCUGUCCACUGAUUUGGGACCGGACCUGCAGGUUCAGUACCAUCAGAGGGUGCUGCCAUCACUAGCUGCUGCCAUGGAUGAUUUUCAGAAUCCGCGUGUUCAGGCUCAUGCAGCUUCAGCUGUGCUCAAUUUUAGCGAAAAUUGUACCCCUGAUAUACUAACGCCUUACUUGGAUGGAAUAGUGAGCAAGCUGCUUGUGCUCCUACAGAAUGGUAAGCAAAUGGUACAAGAGGGGUCCUUGACUGCCCUUGCCUCUGUUGCUGACUCAUCUCAGGAGCAAUUUCAAAAAUAUUAUGAUGCCGUUAUGCCUUACUUGAAAACUAUUCUAGUAAAUGCAAAUGACAAAUCCAAUCGCAUGCUUCGUGCAAAAGCAAUGGAGUGCAUUAGUCUGGUAGGUAUGGCUGUUGGAAAGGAGAAAUUCAGGGAUGAUGCAAAGCAGGUGAUGGACGUUCUUAUGUCGUUACAAGGAUCUCAACUGGAGACGGAUGAUCCUACUACAAGCUACAUGCUACAGGCAUGGGCAAGACUUUGCAAGUGCUUGGGACAGGAUUUUCUUCCUUAUAUGAGUGUAGUCAUGCCGCCUCUGCUUCUGUCCGCUCAACUGAAACCUGAUGUAGUUAUUACAUCUGCUGAUUCAGAUGAUGCAAUUGAUGAAUCUGAUGAUGAAAGCAUGGAGACCAUCACCCUAGGUGAUAAAAGAAUAGGGAUAAAGACUAGUGUCCUCGAGGAGAAGGCAACAGCUUGUAAUAUGCUAUGUUGCUACGCUGAUGAACUGAAGGAGGGAUUUUAUCCAUGGAUUGAUCAGGUUGCCCCAACUUUGGUGCCACUUCUUAAGUUCUAUUUUCACGAGGAAGUUAGAAAAGCAGCUGUUUCAGCCAUGCCGGAGCUGUUGCGUUCUGCAAAAUUAGCGUUAGAGAAAGGACUCGCUCAGGGGAGAAAUGAGUCCUAUUUGAAGCAAUUGUCGGAUUACAUAAUACCAGCCCUGGUGGAAGCUUUACAUAAGGAACCUGACACAGAAAUUUGUGCAAGUAUGCUGGAUGCAUUAAAUGAAUGCGUUCAGAUUUCUGGCUCCAUCCUAGAUGAGAGCCAAGUGAAAAGCAUUGUGGAUGAGAUAAAACAGGUUAUAACAGCAAGUUCUAGUAGGAAAAAGGAAAGAGCGGAUAGAGCCAACGCAGAAGACUUUGAUGCUGAGGAGGGGGAGUUGCUUAAAGAGGAGAAUGAGCAAGAGGAAGAAGUCUUUGACCAAGUUGGUGAAAUUUUGGGAACUUUGAUCAAGACAUUCAAAGCCUCCUUCUUACCUUUCUUUGAUGAGUUAUCAUCAUAUCUAUUGCCUAUGUGGGGCAUGGACAAAACAGCGGAAGAGAGGAGGAUUGCAAUUUGUAUUUUUGAUGAUGUUGCCGAACAGUGCCGUGAAGCAGCUCUGAAGUAUUAUGAAACAUAUCUUCCAUUCCUUUUGGAAGCUAGCAAUGAUCAAAAUCCUGAUGUUAGACAGGCAGCUGUAUAUGGACUUGGUGUUUGUGCAGAAUUUGGAGGUUCUGUCUUCAAACCACUUGUUGGAGAGGCUUUAUCAAGGUUAAAUGCUGUGAUAGCGCACCCAAAUGCACUGCAAUCCGAUAAUAUAAUGGCGUAUGAUAAUGCCGUUUCUGCUUUGGGGAAAAUUUGCCAUUUUCAUCGUGAUACUAUUGAUUCAACUCAGGUUGUUCCUGCCUGGUUAAGCUGCUUGCCAUUAAAAGGUGAUCUAAUCGAGGCAAAAGUUGUUCAUGACCAGCUUUGUUCAAUGGUAGAAAGGUCAGAUAAAGAGCUUUUGGGUCCCAACUAUCAGCAUAUCCCGAAAAUAGUAUCAGUAUUUGCUGAGAUUUUAUGUGCUGGCAAGGAUCUUGCAAGUGAACAAACUGCUAGCCGAAUGAUUAAUUUACUGAGACAGUUUCAGCAAACGCUGCCAGCAGAUACUUUGUCUGUUAUAUGGUCAUCUUUGCAGCCCCAGCAGCAGCUCACAUUGCAGACUAUGUUAUCAUCGUAGCAACUUGUUAUCGUAUUGGUAACUCAUUAUUUAAUGGGGAAAGAAAAGUGGUUUGUUCAGUCCGUUUGGUUAUCCAUUCUUUAUCACAAGGUACUUCACAUUCAAUUUUUUGCAUGUGCCCCAACCUCUUGGCGGUUGUUAGGUUGAGUGUAAAUGUCAUCCCCGCCGGUUUUGUAGCAUGUGUAAAUUGAUAGUGUGCUCUACUGCAGUCAUGCAUCAUCCCGAAAAGGAGCUGCCACUAUAUGGUUGUGUGACAAGUGAGGUUUUGUUGGCUCAUGCCUGAGUUUUGAUUGUCUGAGCAGAUAAAUUAUUGUUGAAGUUUUGAUCAAAUCUGUCUUUUUUCUUUGCGGAAUGUGUAAAAUAAUAUAUCGUGCACUAUGAUUCUUUGGUCUAUUGACUUGGUAAUCCAAGAUAUAAAUUGAAUGCUGGCCUUUUAAUGCUAAAGAUUGUGGAUUUUGGCA